AUGCCAUUCUCAUCCUUCACAUCCGUCAGCUUUUCCGCCUCCGCCAGCGCAACCCGCAACGGUGAGACGCGGAACUGGGGCCAUCGCAGCGCGCGCGAAGUAUACCGCGACGAAGACAAUACGCGGCACGAGCGAUCAUUGUCGCACACGUUGGGCCAAGAGCCGGUGUAUGAGGAGAGACAUUAUGACGCGCAGGGACGGCAGGUGAUUGAAGGUCGACCGCAACAGCAGCAGCAACAACAGGGGAGGAUUGAGGAUGUUAGUGAGCGGGAGAAAUGA